ACGGGUACGGAUAUAAAUACAGGUAUCCUGAUACAAUACUAUACGAUGGCGUGGUGUAUCAGUACUAGGGUUUAUUUCAUAGCAAACCAGGUUAACGAUUUCUCCCCCACAAAAGAAAAUCCUUUAUGGCUACCAAAAGCAAAGCAGGCAGAAAAAUCCCAAUUCACCCAAAAACAAACAAGACUAAUCUGAAGGGAAAGCAAAACUCCAAGGCCGCCGCCCCAAUACCUCACUUACCUGUCCUUGUUAUCCUCCACAUCCUCCAAUUCCUUCCCACCAAACUUGCGAUCCGCAUAAGCUCUCUUUGCAAGCAAUGGGUAGGGCUGUGGUCUUCAAUCCCAGUAUUAGAUUUCGACGAGGACGAGCCACCACAUGGCGUCGAAAACCUUGACAUAAUACUACUCCAACAUACGAACUUCAUCAAUUUCUUGGACAGGUGUUUGGAGUUCCACCAGAAAUGCGAGGGCUUGGACAAAUUCCGGCUUCGUAUGACGUUGAGUUCAGUCGAAGACAAAGACAAGCUUGGAGAGUGGUUGUGUUUUGCAGUUGGAAGAAGAGUCAAAGAAUUAGAUAUCAGCCUCAAAUAUAAAUAUGAGGUCAAUCAAUAUUGCUUUUCCUCUACCUUUUUCAAUGCAAAGCCAUUAGUUAUUUUGAAUUUGGAGAAUGUGACAAUAGCGUACAGCGGUCAGCCUAUAAGCCUGCCCUCAUUACAAACUCUGUCCAUCAGAAGAGUGAGACUCACAGCCUCGUCUCUCUCCGCAUUAAUUUCAGGCUGCCCUUGCAUUCAGUAUUUGUCGUUAACUUCAUCUUCUUGCUUUGAAUCCUAUGACUUAUCCAUGCAGACCCUUCUUGGUGCAGAGUCUUUAACUUCCUUGAAUCUAAAGUACGUGAGAGUAAAGGACGACAAUAAUAAUGAUCCUAAAGCUCCUAUAGGCCUUCCCUAUUUGAAAACAAUGUCCCUCGAAAUUGUGGACCUGUAUUACCCCCAGUUAAUUUCAGGGAGCCCUUCCCUUGAGCAUUUGUCAGUAUCUUUUUGUUUCGCUAAAUGGUAUAGAUCACCUAAGAUUCCACGUUCUUCCAGUCUCAAAUCCUUGGAAGUCAGAGAUUUCGAUUCUAAGGUGGUUCAAGUGAGUGGAGCUAAGAGUCUUGAAUCUUUUACCUUGGUUUCAGAAUCUUCAAUGCAGAUUGAGAGUAUACAGUUGGAUGGUUGCAAAAACUUGAAACAUUUGAGCAUUCGUGCUCCGAACCUGCCAGACUUUAAACUACACCUUCAUGGAUGCGAACAUCUUGUGAAGGCCACACUUCAUAUUCCAGAGUUGGAUGUAGGAAGCUCCUCCAAUGUGGAAUGGGAACAUUUUUCUUCUCUGACAAAAUAUCUUAGAAAAUUUGGACCUUGCAAGAAUAUAUCGCUAUAUGUUGAUGAUGCCAAGGCUCUUAUCUUCCCAAAAAAAUUGAGAAGGACCUGCCCUCCACCAUUACCUACUCUCAACACUCUUACUGUAUCCAUCAGUUCUCCAAGAGGUGCAAAAGAUUGUGACUUGAGGCACUCUUUAUUUUGGUUGGCACCUUCUGCAGAGUUUCUAUCAAUGAAAUACUCUGACAUUUCUUCCAAGUACAAGUACAGAAAGAAAAUUCUUUAAAGGUGCAAGUUUUAAUAUCAUCUCGCAGUUUAUUAUACUGCACUCGAAGACACGUUGCAAUGUUCUUGUUUCAAUAAUUCUCUCCUUUUCAAA